UAAAUAUCUUGUCACCACAAAUAUACUUUUUUCGAAAUUCGCAAUGAAGCCCCCGGCAAAUACCAACCAUUCCCAACCAUUGCACCUUAUAUGUGCCAAUAUAGUGUAACUCACGUCGUGCAUUUUCUUAUUCAAACCAAGCUUUUUAUAGUUUGUAUGUUCUGAGGUUUAUGAACGUAACCCCAUUGUUGGCAAGAGCAAAACAAGAUUAUCUUUCUUGAACAUUAUCAAUCAAUAUUCUCUCAACUAUUGUAUUAGCACUUCGUUGUAUAAUCUUCUCCAUAAAUUAUGUUCAAAGAAGACCUCGAAGCAAACCCGAGCCAUUCCGUAGAUGGCGUCUCUUCAGAACUUGAUCCUAAAUACUUCGACGACGACGGCCGUCCUAAAAGAACAGGCACAAAUUAAUUCAUUUAGUUGAACCAUUUGGACGACAAGCUCUCAUAUAAUAACAGCCGUGAUAGGAUCGGGAGUACUAUCUUUAGCAUGGGCGGUAGCACAAUUAGGUUGGAUUGCUGGUCCUAUCGCGAUGAUCCUUUUCAGCUUAGUCACUCUGUAUACUUCAUCAAUGCUAGCUGAAUGUUAUCGUUAUGGCGAUCCCAUUUAUGGAAAGAGAAGCUAUACGUUUGUCGACGCAGUUCGCAACAUUCUUGGCGGGAUCCAGUACAAAGUCUGUGGAACAAUUCAGUAUUUAUAUCUGUAUGGCAGUGCAAUAGGAUACUCAAUUGCAGCUCCCAUUAGCAUGAUGGAAAUGAAAAGAUCUAGGUGUCUCCAUAAAUCAGGAGGAAAAGAUGCAUGUAGCUUUUCAACGAACCCAUACAUGAUCGGAUUUGGAAUUUUAGAAAUUUUCGUUUCUCAAAUUCCAGAGUUUCAUGAAACAUGGUGGCUCUCAGUAAUAGCAGCAGUUAUGUCUUUCGUAUAUUCCAUAAUCGGCGUCUUUCUCGUAACCGCCCAAGUUGCAGCAAACGGUACCGUCAAGGGUACUCUCACUGGAGGUGGCGCUGAAAUUGUGUCAACAACAAAAAAAGUAUGGGGAAUUUUCCAAGCUAUUGGUAACAUAGCAUUUGCUUAUUCCUACUCUCAAAUUCUCAUUGAAAUUCAGGAUACCAUAAGAAAUCCACCAUCCGAAGUAAAAACAAUGAAGGCGGCGACAGUUUUAAGUGUUGCAGUGACUACAUCAUUUUAUAUACUUUGUGGCUGCAUGGGCUAUGCUGCAUUUGGAGAACAAGCACCAGGGAACUUGCUCACUGGAUUUGGUAUGUACAAUCCAUCUUGGGUCAUCGAUGUAGCAAAUAUCGCCGUAAUAAUUCACCUUGUUGGAGCAUACCAAGUAUAUGUUCAACCUGUCUUUGCCUUCAUAGAGAAAGGGGCAGCAAAAAAAUGGCCCCAAACAAAAGUGGAACACAAAAUUUUCAGUGGGUACAAUUUAAAUCUAUUUAGAAUAGUUUGGAGGACAAUAUUUGUAAUCGUAACUACUUUUGUUGCAAUGCUGAUUCCUUUCUUUAAUGACGUUCUGGGAUUUCUUGGAGCAGUGGGGUUUUGGCCUUUAACAGUUUUUUUUCCAGUGGAGAUGUAUAUUGUGCAGAAGCAGAUCCCAAAAUGGAGUUCUAAAUGGAUUGUGAUGGAAAUCAUAAGUCUUUUAUGCUUUAUCGCUUCAGCUGUGGCUGCUCUUGGCUCAAUCGCCAGUAUUGCGAAUGACCUAAAGACUUACAAGGCAUUCAGUUCCUGAAUAUUGAAUCUUAACUCAAGCAACAUCUACUGCCUCCUCGGCUUGCAGAUUGGAAAAGCUGCCGUAUGCAGUGGUAGUGGUGGUUUGUAUAUAAUUGUAUUGUGUUAUAUAUAGAGGAAUGCAGUGUCAAUAUUACAUUUUUCUUAGAAUAAGCUGCUGUAGGCAGUGGGGGUGGGGGUGGGGGUGGUUUGUAUAUAAUUGUACUGUAUUGUAUAUUGAGUAAUGCAAUGUCAAUACUAUAUUUUUCUUAGAAUGUUCCAACUUGCUUGUAACUAAAUAAAUGUAUACUUCU